AUGCCAUCUAUAUUGACACGGCUAAAUGAUUUUAAAGAUGGAAUAUCGAGUGUAAAUUUUUCACCAAUAGAGAAGGAUCACUUACUUAUAGGCUCUUGGGACAAUGGUCUAAAACUGGUAAAGGCUGCAGAAGAACAGCGUUGCUUACAGAGUUAUACUCUCUCUAGUCCAAUCUUAACCAGUGGAUAUUUAAAUGCAACAGCGGCUUUUGCUGGAAGUCUUGACGGACUAGUGUAUUUAGUAGACAUUUCAUCUGGUACUCAUUUAGUCAUUGGCAAACAUGGAAAGGGAGUGUCUUGUACGGCUGCUAUUCAAGGGUCUGAGUGCUUCAUGACAGGUUCUUGGGACCAAUCUUUUCAGUUAUGGGAUCCACGGCAAAGAGUGGCCAUAGAUAAGAAACAUGUUGAAAAAAAAGUUCUAGCUGCUAGUUCAGCUCUGAAUCUUCUCGUCCUUGGAUGCACCGAGAGAGAAAAUUUGGUAUACGAUAUUCGUAACUUGAAGCUGCCUUUCCAAAGAAGGCCGUCAACCUUUAAGUAUAUGACUAGAGAUGUCUGUUGCAUCAGUGGUGAAGGCUUUGUGUCUUCAAGUAUUGAAGGAAGAACAUCAAUAGAAUAUCUCAAUCCGAGUCCAGAGUGGCAGACGAAGAACUUUACCUUUAAAUGCCACCGUCAAAUUCAGAAGCAACAUGACAUUGUAUAUCCUGUGAAUGCUCUUACUUUUCACCCUGUUCAUCAAACUCUUGCUACGGCAGGCGGCGACGGAUCUGUGGCUUUUUGGGAUAUUCAAGUGCGUAAGCGACUUCGUGUACUUUAUCCCUCAAAAACAAGUAUUUCUAGCGUUGCAUAUAAUUUUGAUGGAUCACUACUUUCUGUGGCUACCUGUGCCCAAGAUGAAGCCAACGGUAGUGUUUACAUUUAUGCUCUAGAGAACGAUUUUGCUAUGCCCAAGAGAAGUGCUUGA